AUGGAACGUUCUGCAUGGUCUGAGACAGAGGGAAUAGAGCAUAUUCACAAUCUAGCAUUCAAAGGUGAUAUUGAACCAUUGAAAGUGGCUACUCAGGGCAAAUUCUAUGCCAUCAGUUCAUUCGCAGCAGCUAUGAAGUACAUCCACCAGAAGUUCAACAUCAACUUUGUGCCACACUCGCUUCGAAUACAAUAUCGACCUUCCGAAGACACCAUGUUGAUCGAUAUAUCGGCAAUCCAAUCUCUCGAGAUCAUGCAGAACUUACGCAACUCAAAGUCCAAAGACUCGUUGUUUGGCUUAUUGAACCACACGUCAACCCCAAUGGGCUCUAGGCUACUUCGAAGCAAUAUUCUCCAACCACCGACCAACACUCAUAAGUUCAUACUCACCCGAUAUGAUGCGCUUGAAGAGUUGACUACCAAUGAGGAGAUGUUUCUAGAGAUUCGCAAGGCCCUCAAGCUCUUCCUUGACAUCGAGAAAGUUCUGACCAAGUUGAUCAUUGUACCCAUAAAUGCCAAUGUUCAAAAGGUUGAAGAACAAAUCAACCAAGUUUUGAUGAUCAAAAGCUUCCUAGAAGCAAUCCCAGAACUCUACACUGCACUGGGACCUGCCAUGUCUAGUCUGCUUGUCAAGAUUCGAGGACGAUGUUGUCCAGAAAGCACAGGCCUUACCCUCAUCAGAAUUCGGGAAACCAUUGAAGCCGAUGUCACUUACAUGAAGUCUGCACUGGAUCUACGCAACCAGAGAACCUUUGCAGUCAAAGCUGGCAUCAAUGGGAUGCUCGAUGUCGCGCGUCAGACCUAUAAAGAGCUUACUGAGGAAAUUCACUUGCAUCUCGACGAGCUGAAUGAAAACUUGAAGCUUGGUGCCACUCUCCGAUAUGAUAACGGCCGCAAGUAUUGGUUGCGCUUACAAGCCGCCGACUAUGAAGAUCAACCUCUUCCAGAUAUCUUGAUCAAUGUGGUACAAAAGAAGGACAAGAUUGAAUGUCAAACCCUUGACUUGGUGAAGCUCAACCUUAGACUUCACGAUACCUCCAGCGAGGUUGUCCUUCGGAGUGACUGUGUAAUACAGGAACUCAUGAAGGAUCUGCAAGACGACGUACCGCACCUGUUUCGAGUCUGCGAGUCGAUUGCAUUGGUUGACAUGAUAGCAUCAUUUGCGCAGCUAGCUAGCACCAGGGACUAUGUCAGGCCCGAUAUCAGCAGCACACUGGCAUUAAAGGGAGCUCGACAUCCUGUUCUUGACAAGAACAUGAAUGGCGACUUUGUACCAAACGACUAUUAUUCCACACAGCAGUAUUGCUUCCAUAUUGUGACUGGGUGCAACAUGAGCGGCAAGAGUACCUACAUCCGAGCGGUCGCAUUACUUCAAAUCAUGGCACAAGUUGGCUCUUAUGUGCCUGCAGAAUAUGCUGCGUUUCCUAUCAUUCAAAACAUCUUUGCUCGUGUUUCUCUUGACGACAGUAUUGAGAGCAACCUUUCCACUUUCUCUGUUGAGAUGCGCGAAAUGGCUUUCAUUCUCAGGAACAUUGACGACAAGAGCUUGGCAAUUAUUGAUGAGCUGGGACGAGCUACAAGUAACCGUGACGGAUUGGCUAUUGCGAUUGCAAUGUCUGAAGCAUUGAUCCAAAGCAGAGCAUCUGUAUGGUUUGCGACUCACUUUAUCGACUUGACAAAGGUUCUGUCGGAUCGACCUGGAGUUCUCAAUCUGCAUCUUGCGGCCACGAGUUCUACAACACAAGAAGGACUGCCGCAUAUUACGAUGCUCUACAAGGCCACUUCAGGUGCCAUCACAGGUGAAGAGCAUUACGGUAUCAACCUGGCUAGAGCGAUUGGACUACCUCAAAGCUUUAUUGACAAAGCAGAAGAAAUAGCGAAUGACAUCCGAACGAAGCGAGAAGCGAGCAAACGUAGCUCUGAAUCGUCAAGACUCAUUGCCAGACGGAAGCUAAUUCUCAAUCUUCAGGAUGCCUUGAAACAAGCCAAAGAGUCAGGCAACAAGGAGACUCUCCCAGGGUAUUUGAGGCGAUUACAGGAGGAAUUUGUGUCUCGUAUGUCGGAGUUGGACGAACUAUAA